GCAGCAGACCUGGUUUGGAGAGCCUCCAUGACACACACAAUGUUGAAUUUACUAGCUACUGUUUUCUGUGUGUAUUUGGCACAAUCUAGUGCCAUUCUCACCAGCAGCUCUCCUAGUAUCCUGUCUACACACUGGCUGAUAUUUCCAAUGCAGUACUCAGCAAUAACAAAAAAUGGCACUCAAGGUAAAAUUGGAGCUUCAGCAAUCAAGUUUGUUGGAGGAAACAGUCAUUCAAAUACGGUAACCUGUUAUGGAAGCAGUGACCAGCCAUAUGAGGGCAUUCCAUGUGAUCAGGAGAACUGUGUGCCUCUUACCUGGGUCUGCGAUGGAGAGCGGGAUUGUGAUAGUGGAGCUGAUGAAGCACAUUGUGGACAACGCCGGUGCCCAAGUGACAAAUUUGAAUGCACAGUCAGAGGGUCUGUUGCCUGCCUGGACAAGAAACAAGUGUGUGAUGGCCAUGUCGACUGCCAAGAUGGAUCAGAUGAACGACCAGCGGGUGGAUGUCCCCACAGAAACUGCCGUGGUCCAGGUCGCAUUCCGUGUGCUGACGGGCGUGGAUGCAUAACGCCUAAUCAGCAGUGUGAUGGUCGCAGAGACUGCCGUGAUGGUUCAGAUGAGACUGGAUGCCAACGCUGCCACUCGGAGUUCGAGUUCCAGUGUCACAACAAACGCUGUGUACCACAAGCAUGGUUAUGUGAUGGCCAAGCAGACUGUGAAGAUGGAGAAGAUGAGAAUUAUUACAACUGCAGAGAGCAUUUCACACUUCAGCGCGUAAUACAGCCACUGUUAUUUGCAGCCAAUUUGUAAGCUGGUUGUACAGAAAGUAGCAUGGUUUGUGCUCAAGAGAUGGUCUACUGAAAUACUAUACAUAUUUUGAACAAUA